CCACAUCCUAUGAGCCAGGCCACCUGGUUGAGUUUCUUUCUGUAGAUACGGUCCCUGUGUCUGUAGCAGCUACACACAGCUGCUGGGCACAUCCCAUGGGAGGGGACAGAGCACAGGGCGGGGACCUGGCCCACUAGAUGCUGGAGUAAACCACUGAGCACACCCUCCCCCGCCCCCAGGCUGCUAAGCCCCCCGCCGUGGAGGCCUCACCAGCCUCAGCAAUUACUACACAUCUGGCAAGUACUCCAUUUCAGACCAGACACCCGCACUGAGACCCUGGAGGUAGCUGCUACAGGCAAUGUGUGUCUCCAAAGAAAGAAGGCCUCGCACACAGGUGGCCUCGGGAAGGGCCAGGCUUAGACAUCUUGUGAAGUGUGGGGUCUGUGAGGCCAGCCUGGGGGAAAUACCACAUGCUGUUCUCUCCUUGCCCGGCUCUAUGCGUUUUGUGCCCUCAGUGAAAGGGGAAUGAAACCUGGGGCUCCGACUACUCUGGGAGAGCCAAUGCCAAAGCUCAGAAUAUGGUCACCUGCCUGAGUCAAGGGGUGACUUUAGACUCAGAGCUGUCCUGGGCCGUGCCCAUGUGGAUCUUUCUUCCUCCCCAAGAGCAAUGCAUGAAGGUGCUGCCCUGGGAGUGCCUGGGGUCCAUUUGGAUUGAGUGGGAGUGGAUGGACAUGAAGCAGGUGGCACCAGUCUAUGCUGCCCUCACUCACUUUUAUAGGGUGGUGUACUUUGUAAUAACUCCAUGCUUGGGAACCCACACCAUGAAGGCCCAGGACAGGGCCAGGGUGCUGGAGCUUUGGAUCCAGGUGGCCAGGGAGUGUAACAAGUUGAGAAACUACUCAUCUCAUGCCAUAGUCAAAGCCCUGAAGUCUAUGCCCAUCCAUAGGCUCCAGGAAACCUGGAGGGCAGCAUCCAGGUGGGUGGGCUUCUGUCUCCCGAGCUGCACCCAGCACCUCUCCGGGGUCUGCCAUGCUCCCUCACUGCACUGGAAGUGGAGGGGAGCCCAGCGCCUCCAAAGGCGGGAAUGGGCAACCUGGCAGGGUCUCUCAGUCCACUGGGGUGUUAGCACUGAAUGUGUAACUCAGCACCAAGUUUUCUUAACUAUGGGGCACAGGUUUUUGCCACAUUGGAGAUAUUCCCAUGUCUAGUGCACAGCACAUGUAAACUGAGAAACUGAGCUGUCCAGUUGACAUUGGGCUGGGCCAGAUGAACAGCAGGUCGGCGCCCGCCCCAGUCCUGUGGAGCCUCUGGGAAUCAGGAGCCCAGAGGAAACACAAAUCCUGCCAGUUUGGAUCCUUUUCAUUCCCAGUUAAAGGAAUGUGAACUCGCCCUCCUCCCCGCUACUCCCUGAUUUAUCCGACUUCCUUUCCCCUCUACAAAGGGAAAGCUCCAGAGCUUAUGAACAACUGUGUGCAUAAGAUGAUGGCAUAACACAGAAAAAUCUGAUAAAAAUAAAGGGCGACUGGAGAUGGGGGCAAAUGUUUUGAGGGCAGAAAGAGGUGAAUUCGGAAAGGGUACCGGGCCAGGUAUUUUUUGGUUAAUUUUCUCACUCAACGUUGACCUGAAAAGUACCAGUCACCAGUCCUGUUCAGAAGAGAGAAGGAUCUGUCUGGGGGCAGGUGGGUGCAGGCCGGGGCUCUGGCCGUGGGGCUUUGCUGGCUGUUCAUCAGGAAUGAGCUGGAUAAUUAGCAGGGCUAUGGCUCUUGCAUUGGUCUUUCUGGUUAUGGAGCUUCCACCAGACGAUGGGAAAACGUGGUGGGGGUUGGCGGGGGGGCUUCUUUCUUUCCCAAAACCAGCCAGAAAUUCUUCAGAAAGCCAGGCCUCUAUUGCUGGUGUGUGGCGUGGGCAGCUGGGGCAGGGUCUCCAGACAAACGAGGGGCUGAGGUGCAUGCCCCAAGUGACAUAGCAAGUGGGUGUAGGACAGGGGUGGGUCUAGAACCAGAGCUAACUGAGUGACUGUACCACCUCACCAGCUGACUGUGGUCAGGUGUCCACAGUGCGAGGUCAGGGUCCUGGGAGUAGCUGAGUGAGGGCAAAAUAGUCUCACUGACCUUGUCCUGAC